UUUUGCCAAAUAAUUAAAAGCAUUUUGAUUUUAGUAUUUAUUAGGAUUCAUGCAUUUAUUGAGUAGCUACUAUGUGGGAGGCACUGUUCUAGGGUCUUGGGAUAUAUUGAUGAAAUAAACAAAAUUUGUGCCUUUAUGGAUCUUUAUUAAACCUGCAGUGGGGUGGAGAGAAGGAUAGAGUUAAUGACAAGUAAUAAGUAAGUUGAAUAAUAAGUUAGGAGAUAGGGAGUUAGCAAGGGGGGUUUGGAGGGUUAUUGGGAAAAGUAAGUGCAAAAGCAGGAACAUGCUUAGCAUGUUGAGGAACAGCUUCGUGUUCUCAGUGUUAUUGGCGCCGAAUGAGAAUGGGGAGAAUAGUAUGAGAGUAGGUCAGAGAGUAAGAUAGGGUUGGAGAAGGCAGAUCUUUCAUAAACCAUUGAAAGAACUUGGCUUUUACUUUUAGGAGCCACUAGAGAGUUUUGAGCAGAAGAAUGGGAGGCUGUGACUUAGAUUUUAAAAGGAACACUCUGAUUGCUCUAAUAUGAAUAGAAUGGGAAAGAGGAUCAGGAGUGGAAGCAGGGAUAUUAGAUUAGAAGCCUUCGGAAUAAUCUAGGGCCAGAGAUGAUGAUGGGUGGGGUCAGAGUUAUAGCAGUAAAGGUAGUGAAAAGUGAUAAAUUUGGGAUAUAUUUUGAAAAUAGGGCCACUAGGAAUUUCCUGACACGGCAUAAUAACUUAGAAGUAUAAAAUAUUUUAAAAAUUGUGCCUUUUAUUAAUCAAUGUAAUGUUUUGUGAAAAGGUACAAAGCAAGAUUUUAAAUUCAGAAUUACUAAGAAGCUAUUUUUUUGAUUUCCUAGAUUCGUUGUAGAACUUAAAUUUUUUUUUUUUUUUGCAGAAAGCAACUUCAUGUUAUUAAAACUCUUAAAAGGGGCAUGUUGUCUUUGAAUGGCUUAGUAAAAUAUCUUAGAAAACUUAGUUGUAGUAGUUUCAUUUCAGCAGACAGUUGUAAGGCAGUUCCACUCAAAUUAUAUAUUGUCAUUAAUUUUUGUAAGGAUACUUAAUGUAAACAUUUCCUUGAAAUAAAAUAUAAGUUUAUAAGAUAAUCUUAAAGGCAAAAUGAGAAAUUGCAUUGCCUACUAUUAAAAGAGCACUAAUGCUUAAGAAAGUAAAGAUUUGGUCAUCAAGAGACUUAACCCUAUAACUGAGUAGUAAAUCGUUGCUACUUUUGUCUUGGUUUCUUCAUGAGUAAGAAUAAGCAUGAUGCUAGAUGUUAGGAGAAGACAAGAACAAGUUUCAUGAAAAUAAAGUUAACGUCAAAAAUCGAAAAGAUAUGUGUGAAUUGACAUAAUUAAAUAUUACCAUUAAACAUAUUUGAAAGGAAUUUUCCACUUAAACGGCCUGCAGAUAGAUAUUGGCCAUUAGUUUAUUAUUGGGAGCACAAAACCCAGAAAGGAUUCUUUUUUUUCUCAGCGUAGAAGAAAAACCACCUUGAUUAGUUAAUGGAGGGCAAUUUUGACAUGGAUGUUGAGGACCACUGGGUAAUUCAUGGAUAUAUAAACUAUCCAAGUGUCUGAAAUUAAAUUCCCUUACAACCUAUUACAGCCAACCUCAUGGAAACUGUCUUUGUCCCAUGAGGUUGUAAUACCAUACUCAUUGAAAUAAAUGGCAAAAUCUUUUUGAGGGCUAUGUGACAAUUUUUUUCUAGUCUAGCAUUUCUCAAACUUUUUUUAAAUCUGAAAACUUUUUUUUAAACUAAAGCUUGAGUUAAGUGAACCUGUAAAUCAGAUAAAGAAAGCACUGCUCGGAUGAGACACUUGGAAGGAGAAGGCAACUGUUUGCCCAAUAUCCGUCUUUCUCAACUCUAGGUGAAAGAAUUUUUCCACCACAGUUUGAAAAUCACUAUGUAGUGACUCCAUGACAAGCUCUGGAGCUGACUUCAAAAUACUAGCAGGUAACCUGCCUGAGAGCAGCGUUAGAAAGAAGAACGUGGAUGUUCCUCGCGGUGUCUCAUUGGUAGUUUACUGUGAAUUUGGUGUGAAAACUGAAGAUGAUCCAUAUGAUCUUGAAGACCUUUCUGCACAGAAAUGAGGGAAAUACAAAGAACCAAAUAUAGUUCUGAAAUUCGGGAUCUGUAUUUUGAGGGAAUUUUAUUUUCAGAAUGAGAAGUAUAUCUGAUUACCUUUAUGAAUGUAGAGACAUGAGAAGAGAGUUAUGAUGGCAAAAAACAAAGAGCCUCGCCCCCCAUCCUAUACUAUCAGUGUAGUUGGACUCUCUGGGACUGAAAAAGACAAGGGUAACUGUGGAGUUGGAAAGUCCUGUUUGUGCAAUAGAUUUGUACGCUCAAAAGCAGAUGAAUAUUAUCCAGAGCAUACUUCUGUGCUUAGCACCAUUGACUUUGGAGGACGAGUAGUAAAUAAUGAUCACUUUUUGUACUGGGGUGACAUAACACAAAAUGGUGAAGAUGGAGUAGAAUGCAAAAUUCAUGUCAUUGAACAAACAGAGUUCAUUGAUGACCAGACUUUCUUGCCUCAUCGGAGUACGAAUUUGCAACCAUAUAUAAAACGUGCAGCUGCCUCUAAAUUGCAGUCAGCAGAAAAACUAAUGUACAUUUGCACUGAUCAGCUGGGCUUGGAGCAAGACUUUGAACAGAAGCAAAUGCCUGAAGGGAAGCUCAACGUAGAUGGAUUUUUAUUGUGCAUUGACGUAAGUCAGGGAUGUAAUAGAAAGUUUGAUGACCAACUUAAAUUUGUGAAUAACCUUUUUGUCCAACUAUCAAAAUCAAAAAAACCUGUAAUAAUAGCAGCAACUAAAUGUGAUGAAUGCGUGGAUCAUUACCUUAGAGAAGUUCAGGCAUUUGCUUCAAACAAAAAGAACCUUCUUGUAGUGGAAACAUCAGCACGAUUUAACGUCAACAUUGAGACAUGUUUCACUGCACUGGUACAAAUGUUGGAUAAAACUCGUGGCAAACCUAAAAUUAUUCCCUAUCUGGAUGCUUAUAAAACACAGAGACAACUUGUUGUCACAGCAACAGAUAAGUUUGAAAAACUUGUGCAGACUGUGAGAGAUUAUCAUGCAACUUGGAAAACUGUUAGUAAUAAAUUAAAAAAUCAUCCUGAUUAUGAAGAAUACAUCAACUUAGAGGGAACAAGAAAGGCCAGAAAUACGUUUUCAAAACAUAUAGAACAACUUAAACAGGAACAUAUAAGAAAAAGGAGAGAAGAAUAUAUAAACACUUUACCAAGAGCUUUUAACACUCUUUUGCCAAAUCUAGAAGAGAUUGAACAUUUGAAUUGGUCAGAAGCUUUGAAAUUAAUGGAAAAGAGAGCAGAUUUUCAGUUAUGUUUUGUGGUGCUAGAGAAAACACCUUGGGAUGAAACUGACCAUAUAGACAAAAUUAAUGAUAGACGGAUUCCAUUUGACCUCCUGAGCACUUUAGAAGCUGAAAAAGUCUAUCAGAACCAUGUACAACAUCUAAUAUCAGAGAAGAGGAGGGUAGAAAUGAAGGAAAAAUUCAAAAAGACUUUGGAAAAAAUUCAGUUCAUUUCACCUGGGCAGCCGUGGGAGGAAGUUAUGUGCUUUGUUAUGGAGGAUGAAGCCUUCAAAUAUAUUACUGAGGCUGAUAGCAAAGAAGUGUAUGGUAGGCAUCAGCGAGAAAUAGUUGAAAAAGCCAAAGAAGAGUUUCAGGAAAUGCUUUUUGAGCAUUCUGAACUUUUUUAUGAUUUAGAUCUUAAUGCAACACCCAGUUCAGAUAAAAUGAGUGAAAUUCAUACAGUUUUGAGCGAAGAACCUAGAUAUAAAGCUUUACAGAAACUUGCACCUGAUAGGGAAUCUCUUCUACUUAAGCAUAUAGGGUUUGUUUAUCAUCCCACUAAAGAAACAUGUCUUAGUGGCCAAAAUUGUACUGACAUUAAAGUGGAGCAGUUACUUGCCAGUAGCCUUUUGCAGUUGGAUCAUGGCCGCUUACGGUUGUAUCAUGAUAGUACCAAUAUAGAUAAAGUUAAUCUUUUCAUUUUAGGGAAGGAUGGCCUUGCCCAAGAGCUAGCAAAUGAGAUAAGGACACAAUCCACUGAUGAUGAGUAUGCCUUAGAUGGAAAAAUUUAUGAACUUGAUCUUCGGCCAGUUGAUGCCAAGUCGCCUUACUUUUUAAGUCAGUUGUGGACUGCCGCCUUUAAACCACAUGGGUGCUUCUGUGUAUUUAAUUCCAUUGAGUCACUGAAUUUUAUUGGUGAAUUUAUUGGAAAAAUAAGAACUGAAGCUUCUCAGAUCAGAAAAGAUAAAUAUAUGGCUAAUCUUCCAUUUACAUUAAUUCUGGCUAAUCAGAGAGAUUCUAUUAGUAAGAAUCUACCAAUUCUCAGGCACCAAGGGCAACAGUUGGCAAACAAGUUACAAUGUCCUUUUGUAGAUGUACCUGCUGGUACAUAUCCUCGUAAAUUUAAUGAAACCCAGAUAAAGCAAGCUCUAAGAGGAGUAUUAGAAUCAGUUAAACAUAAUUUAGAUGUGGUGAGCCCAGUUCCUACCAAUAAGGAUGUAUCGGAAGCUGACUUGAGAAUUGUCAUGUGUGCCAUGUGUGGUGAUCCAUUUAGUGUGGAUCUUAUUCUUUCACCCUUCCUUGAUUCUCAUUCUUGCAGUGCUGCUCAAGCUGGACAGAAUAAUUCCCUAAUGCUUGAUAAAAUUAUUGGUGAAAAAAGGAGGCGAAUACAGAUCACAAUCUUAUCAUACCAUUCAUCAAUUGGAGUUCGGAAAGAUGAACUGGUUCAUGGGUAUAUAUUAGUUUAUUCUGCCAAACGGAAAGCGUCAAUGGGAAUGCUUCGAGCAUUUCUAUCAGAAGUUCAGGACACCAUUCCUGUACAGCUUGUGGCAGUUACUGACAGCCAAGCAGAUUUUUUUGAAAAUGAGGCCAUUAAGGAAUUAAUGACUGAAGGUGAACACAUUGCAACUGAGAUCACUGCUAAAUUUACAGCGUUGUAUUCUUUAUCUCAAUAUCAUCGGCAAACUGAGGUCUUUACACUGUUUUUCAGUGAUGUUCUAGAGAAAAAAAAUAUGAUAGAAAAUUCUUAUUUAUCUGAUAAUACAAGAGAAUCAACCCAUCAAAGCGAAGAUGUUUUUCUACCAUCUCCCAGAGACUGUUUUCCCUAUAACAACUACCCUGAUUCAGAUGAUGAUACAGAAGCGCCACCUCCUUAUAGUCCAAUUGGGGAUGAUGUACAGUUGCUUCCAACACCUAGUGACCGUUCCAGAUACAGAUUAGAUUUGGAAGGAAAUGAAUAUCCUAUUCAUAGUACCCCAAACUGUCAUGACCAUGAACGCAACCAUAAAGUGCCUCCACCUAUUAAACCUAAACCAGUUGUACCUAAGACAAAUGUGAAAAAACUAGAUCCAAACCUUUUAAAAACAAUUGAAGCUGGUAUAGGUAAAAAUCCAAGAAAACAGACUUCCCGGGUGCCUUUGGCACAUCCUGAAGAUAUGGAUCCUUCAGAUAACUAUUCGGAACCCAUUGACACAAUCUUCAGACAGAAGGGCUAUCCUGAUGAGAUAUAUGUUGUCCCAGAUGAUAGUCAGAAUCGCAUUAUUAAAAUUCGAAACUCAUUUGUAAAUAACACCCAAGGAGAUGAAGAAAAUGGAUUUUCAGAUAGAACCUCAAAAAGUCAUGGAGAACGAAGGCCUUCAAAAUACAAAUAUAAAUCUAAAACCUUGUUUAGUAAAGCCAAGUCGUACUAUAGAAGAACACAUUCAGAUGCAAGUGAUGAUGAGGCUUUUACCACUUCUAAAACAAAAAGAAAAGGAAGACAUCGAGGAAGUGAGGAAGAUCCACUGCUUUCUCCUGUGGAAACUUGGAAAGGUGGUAUUGAUAAUCCUGCAAUCACUUCCGACCAGGAGUUAGAUGAUAAGAAGAUGAAGAAGAAAACCCACAAAGUAAAAGAAGAUAAGAAGCAGAAAAAGAAAGCGAAGAACAUUCCUCCACCAACACGCAGAAAUUGGGAAAGUAAUUACUUUGGGAUGCCUCUCCAGGAUCUGGUUACAGCUGAGAAGCCCAUACCACUAUUUGUUGAAAAAUGUGUGGAAUUUAUUGAAGAUACAGGAUUAUGUACUGAAGGACUCUACCGUGUUAGUGGGAACAAAACUGAUCAAGACAAUAUUCAAAAACAGUUUGAUCAAGAUCAUAACAUCAGUCUAGUAUCAAUGGAAGUAACAGUAAAUGCUGUGGCUGGAGCCCUUAAAGCUUUCUUUGCAGAUCUUCCAGACCCUUUAAUUCCAUAUUCUCUUCAUCCAGAGCUGUUGGAAGCAGCAAAAAUCCCGGAUAAAACAGAACGUCUUCACGCGUUGAAAGAAAUUGUUAAGAAAUUUCAUCCUGUAAACUAUGAUGUAUUCAGAUAUAUAAUAACGCAUCUAAACAGGGUUAGUCAGCAAAAUAAAAUCAACCUCAUGACAGCAGACAACUUAUCCAUCUGUUUUUGGCCAACUUUGAUGAGACCUGAUUUUGAAAAUCGAGAGUUUCUGUCUACCACGAAGAUCCAUCAAUCUGUUGUUGAAACGUUCAUUCAGCAGUGUCAGUUUUUCUUUUACAAUGGAGAAAUUGUGGAAACUGGGAACACUGUGGCUCCUCCGCCACCUUCCAAUCCAGGACAGUUGGUGGAACCAAUGGUACCACUUCAGUUACCACCACCAUUGCAACCUCAGCUGAUACAACCGCAGUUACAGACGGAUCCUCUUGGUAUUAUAUAAGUAGGAAGUGAUUGCAGACAGCCUGAAAUAGGACAGAAGAAGCAAAUCUAGACAUGCAUGUUUCAGGGUUCAGUAGUAUGCUUUCAUAUUUCUUGCAGAUAAUUCACAUUCAAAAUGAUGAGACAUUUUCUCAUUGAACUAUAUGCUAUUCCUUAUUCAUUUACAUUACAGAUCUAAGACCAUGUGAUAAGCAUGACUGGAGAGGUUUAAUUUUUAUAAGCAAAAAUAGCUAUAAAAUACAAAGCUGCUGUUGCAUGCAAUCUUAUUGCAAUCAGUAUAUCAUUCCUGUGGCAUUUUCUGUCACAUUAUAUUGUGAAUAAAAUUUUUCUAUAGAAAUUUAAUGAUUUAAAAACUCACAUAUAUGAAACAUUUAAUGCUUUUCAGCCUGCUUUAUGGCUGGUUUUGUUAUUUGAUGUGCUAAUUUGGGCAACUUAAUUUACAUUUUAGCAGUCUGUGUAGAUAACUAAAAGCCCAGUUAAGUGUUUUAUAAUUUCAGGCUACUUAUGCCAUGCUUGGGAUGUUGUUUGAAAGAAAGAAAAAUACACUUAACAUAUUUCUGCACCUUCAUCUUUACUUCUGAGUAAACCUAUGGAUGAUUUGAUGAGGGGUAAAUGAACGUAUUUCUUGUACACACAUACCAAGGACAUGCUUGUGGCUAAAGUGAGUUGAUAAUGUUGUGCAAAGGAUAGUUGUCACCAACUCAUUUCUUUAUGGUCCAUAAUGAAAUAAACAUCUUGUAUACUGUUAAUUCUGUAAACAGAUGCAUGUUCAAAAGAUCAAUGAUGGUCUUGUAAUCUUAAUCUAAUAUAUUUUAGAUAUUUUAAUUUUUUCCCUCUUGGGAAAUACAUUUAGUAUAGUGUAGAAAAUACUUCAUGACAUUUUCAUAUAAGGUUAUAUAACUUUUCAUACAUAAACAUGAAAUUUGUUGUAGGAAAUUCUUUGAACCAAACAUUUUAAUCUAGGACUUAAAUUUAAUCUGUUCCUUGAAUCUAUUUUUAUGUGGCCCUUAAAAACAUAUCCAAAAAUCCAUUGCUAAUGUAGCAAUAAAAAUACUUUGGGUACUGACAGCCUCUUUGGAGUGUGUAUAUAUAAAAUUGCAAACUUGUAUUCAUAUUCUUUUCUGAAAUAUGUUAUACUAAAAUCCAAAAUGGCUUUCACAUCAUUUUUUAAACCAAUUUUUUCCUUUGAUGUUGGUACCAGAUUUGCUGUAAAUGACUGCUGCUUUUGUGGUUAAACAUUUUGUUAGUGAAGAUACAACCAGAACACUAAAUUAUGGAUAAAAUUUUCAGAAAUAGGUGGCAUAGGUAAAUUUUGUUAGGCUUUACUCAAACUUUGUUCAUUAUCAAACUGUGCCAUUAUUUUCUGGAAAGGAAAAAAAUGGUUUGUUUUUAUUGCUAGGUUAUGUUUUGUGUAGUAAAGAGAAAAUUCUUUGGUCCAUGUUGUAAUCUUCAUUCAUACUGCAAUUUUAAGGUUGUCUUAUGUGUAUUAUAGUAAAUAGAUGAUUUUGAGAUUUGAGGCUCCUAAGAGUUUGAUUUGCUCCAUUUCUUCUUAAAAUAAAUACUGUCUUUCCCAACUGUUAUGUCCUAGGUAUUAUACUUCUAAUUUUAACUUCAGAAUCAAAAUGUCGACAUGAACCAGGCUGCUGUUGAAGUACAUGUAUAUUACAAAUUAUCUUAUUUGUGUUAUACUCUUACAUGUUAUUAUCUUUUCUAAGAAAACAAAGUCCCUAUUAUUCCUAUUGCAAAGCACACAGGAAUUAAGAAAGUACAGUAAUUUUUAAAAAGAAAAAUCCGGUAAAUGUAGUAUUCUUGUUCUAUAUUACUUAUGCCUAUUGUCUAUAUAGCUUUAAUUUAUAGCUGUCAGUUUAACAUUGGCAUGUCUGGCAAAGAAAAUUAAACUUUAAGAGUUUUAUAAACUGUUUCUAGGUUGCUAAAGAAUUUAUUUUUCUACUAUAUAUGGUAUAGACAAAGCUCAAAACUAUGUACAGGAAAAAAGCCUGACUGUUUCUUUUGAAAGUAGGCUGAAAAGAGAAUUUUCAGAACUGUUCGUGUCUUCAGUUCAUUUGAUCAUAACUUUGCUAUUGUAAUAUGUGAAUCCCAGUUUAUUUAAGCUAUUCUGUUUUAUACUGUGUUAAUUUAACUUUCAUAUGCAUUUAGUACCAUUUUUGUUAUUAAAGCUAGCAUUUACCAUUUUCCAUAUUAACUACCUUGCACCUUCCCCAAAACUUCUCCUCACUUUUGUGUGCAUUCUAUAAUUGAUUUGAAAGGCUUCAUAGUGGGUCAUUUAAAAUUCUACAUUUGGUUCAAUUAACCAGUAGGUUACAGUUAAUUGAAAAUUAAAGUAUGGUUUAAAGCUCAGUCUCUUACACUGAAUUGAUUGCGUUUGUUUUUGCCAAGGGUAUAGAUAUGUUUUUAAAUAUUAGAAAAAUAAUUCUAAGAACAGAAUAAUAUAAUUAAACUUUUUUUUCUGGUAAGUUACUGGAAAGUUUCACUGUUUAGAGACAUACCAUAUAUGAGACUUCUUAAACAUGGAAAGAACAUUAGCUAGUCUCAUAAUUAUGGGUAAACAUUAAGGCAUUAUAUUUUACAGUUUUAAAUAAAACUCCAUCUACACAUGUUUCCAUUGUUUUAUUUAAGCUUCAGUGCUUGUAGUUAUUACAGUAUUGUACUUAACAGUAUCUAGAUAGCAAUAUAAAGAAGCAUAGUGGUACUCUGUUCUGAACUUCAGAAGAUGUAUUCAAAGUCAAAUUCUAUUCAGCAGAUACCUAUUAGGAUAUACAAUUAAUUUUAGAACAAAAUUCCAGGCACAAUAUAUUUCCAUUUGAAAUGGUAUUUGUUAGUAGUGCUUUUUUCCCCCCAACAUUUACAAUGUAAAUACUAUAGGUAACAGCAAUCUAACGUAGCUGAAAAGCAGCUUUUAUUUUCCAUGUUGUAUGUAAAUAAUGUAGACCCUUUUUUUGAGGUACUGGAAUUUAAUUUCUAAUCUCUUAGAUAUUAACAAAAGGGAACAAUUGGAAUAAGAACGUAGGCCUUAGCUUCCAUGGUGAUUUUUAGUUUUUUAUACGGUAAUAAUUGUGAUGCUAUUUGUCAACUGGAUAUAAAUAUAUACAUAUACAGUUUUAAAAAGUCAAAA